CUGUUCUUUCAUUUGCAACGAGAGCGCUACUUCCCCGAGUAUCGUGCCAAGUUCUACGCCGCAGAGAUGGCCAGCGCCAUCGGCUACCUUCACUCGCUCAACAUCAUCUACAGUACCUGGCUCCAGAGGUGCUACGCAAGCAGCCAUACGACAAGACGGUGGACUGGUGGUGUCUGGGGGCUGUCCUCUAUGAGAUGAUGUAUGGCCUGCCUCCGUUCUACAGCCGAGACACGGCGGAAAUGUACGACAACAUCUUGUUCAAGCCGCUGCGUCUACGCACCAAUGUCUCAGCAGCGGGGAGAUCAAUCUUGGAAGGGCUUCUUCAAAAGGAGAAGGAGUCUCGUCUCGGUGCUAAGAAAGAUUUUUCAGAGAUUAAGAAUCACGACUUCUUCUCCGAUAUCAAUUGGCAGGACUUGUUUGACAAGAAAAUCACGCCUCCGUAUAACCCCAAUGUGAGUGAUCAGCUCGAUUUGAAGCAUUUUGAUCCUGAGUUUGUGAGAGAGCCUGUUCCAGCAUCUGUGGGCCGGUCCGGGGGGAACAGCAGUCGAUUGGUCAGCGCAAGUGUCAUGGAAGCUGACGGCGCAUUUGAAGGCUUCUCUUACGUGCCACCAGCAGAAGACGCAUUUGGCUAACGUGUGUGCGCGUGCGUGUAUGUGCCUGAGUGCUGUGUUGUUCCUGUGUGUACUGGGUCAGCUGAGAGUUGACGUUGGGGACGGGGUCACGCCCCACGGAAUGUGUGUGUACAUAAGUUUGUUAUAGUUACUGUAUGCUAGUUUGGUAAUGAUUUUGUGUGAAUUGGAGAUACUCUUGUUGGGUUUUUUUGUGCUUAAAAGUGAUGUUUGGUAAGGUUUACCCCAAAUGGAGGCACUGUUUUCAUAAUUUUGCAAUUUACCCUAAGGUAUGUAUCUCACAGAGAUCAAAACAAUAUAACGCACAAAUACCACGGCAUCAAUUUUUUACAGUUAUUAUUCACAACUUCUAAAUUCUUGAAACAUUUUUGGAUGCUUUUCCUCAUAUCUGAUGUGUGGAGGAACAUACAUGUCUUCUUCUCGAUCGCAUCACACUUGAAGUUUGGUAUAUGUCAUAAAUUGGGCUGUCCUGCUCAGUGGAGAUACACGUAAUAUUUGAUUAUUAUCUAAAUUGAAUCAACGGGUUUAAUUUCAACGUUGCUUUUUUUUUUCUCGGCAAGAUGAUGCAGUGUUCUCCCCCCCCCCCCCGCAUCCCCUGUAAAGAUUGACCCCUCCUAGCGUCAAGUUCAGACAACCCAGUACACGACUACAGCCUUCCACUUGCCCUUGAAGCCCACCCUAACCCUAAUUUUGACCAGACAUGCCGUUUAUUCCCUGUGAUUUCAGUCAAAGGAGAUUUCUACCAUACCGUGUGAAAGGAUGUCAGAAGUACGGUAGUUAUGGUUGGCAAACUGUUCAAAUGUUCUAAGCCUUUAAAGAAAGCGAAAUUUUUCAG